AUGUUCACUUUCUUUCUUUCGACCUGUUUUCUUUGCUUUUUUAAUUUAUUUUUAUUUUUUCUUUCUUUAUCAUUUUCCCCUUUUCUUUCACUGACCAUCAUUCAUUCUUUUCCAAACAAUGUUGUUUGCUUGAUCUUUCACGUCUCAGUCAUUUUUCUUAUUCUUUCUUUCUCUCAUUCUUUUCCUCUUUCUUUCUCUCUUUUUCUCAUCCUUUUUCUCUUUCUUUCUCUUAUUCUCUCUUUAUCAUUCUUUCUCUCAUUCUUUUUCUCUCUCUCUCAUUCUUUUUCUCUUUCUCUCUCUCAAUCAAAUGUUUUUUCUCUUUCUUGCCUACCAUGCUCAUUUCUUUUUUCUGUCUUUUCUUAUCAAUUAUGUUCAUUCGUUUGUAUCCUAUCUUUUCAUAUUAAGCGUCUUUCUUCCUUUCUUUCGCUUCUUCAAGGGGUGGGGGAAACUCUCCAUUCAUUUUAUUCUAUUUUCUAUAUUAUUUCUCUCUCUCUUUUUUUUUUGUACUUUCCCCCUCCUCCCAUUUCGUGGAGGAUUGGAAAAUUUUCGAGGGAUAAUACAAAUGUAAUUAAACUGCUGUCUAUCAAUCUUUGUUCAUUAUCUGUCUAUCUAUGGUCAUUAUCUAUCUAUCUAUCUAUCUAUCUCUCUGGAGAACUAUCUAUCUCAUUCUGUCCAUAUCUAUCUAUCGCAUUCUAUCUAUCUCAUUCUGCCCAUAUCUAUCUUUUUCGAUGGACAUUUCUACUCGAUUUUCAUUAG